UUCAGUCGGUACAACAGUUUCAUCAGCUGUGAACUUAUUGUUCUGUUGUAGAUACAAAACUGCCACAUCUAAGGAGCAUAUCAGCCUGUGGAGUAUGAGCACAUGGGACGCUAAAUUGUAAGCGUUAGGCUAAUUUUCAAGCAAGAAAACUUAAUCAAGAAAUAAACAGAGUAAUGACUACCCGUUAUAUAUGUUGCGCAUGCAACCGUUUUCCACAUUCUCUUGACUGGGGAUAUAAUGGAGUUGUUUGUUAUGGAGCCUGCAAUGCUGUUGCAUUAUACAAACCAGACAAUUUUGGCACUGGUAAAGUUUUUAAAACACUUCAUCGACAUAGUGGACGAGUUAUCGGUCUUCGAUGGAUUAAAAAGCCGGAUUUGCAACCAGAAACUGAGUUUUUAUCAGCAUCAAAUGAUGGCACUGCUAUUAUCUGGUCAAAAACCAGUGACACGUUUGAGCCUACAUCAAUACUGAAAAAUACUGAUGCUCUUACCAUUGCCAAUGCAUUGUACGUUCCUGAAGAUGAUAACAGUUCAAGUGAAGACUACCAUACAUUAAUUAUCUGUACAGGAUCCAUUAAUGGAGAUUUCAAACUUUGGAAAAGAAACAGUAAUAGGGAUCUUCACUGUUUUCAAACAUUGGAACUUAAGCAAAAGUUGCCAGUCGAAGCUGUAUUUUCAUUUUUGCCCAAUUGUCAAAAGCCUCUAUUAGCUUUGUCAAUGGAGGACUCUUCAGUGCAAUUAUAUUGUCAGGAUUCAUCAGAAAAUUUUAUAAAAGUUCAAUUAUUGGUUGGUCACGAAGAUUGGAUUCGUUGUAUGGAUUUUGCUCAUGACAACAAUGGCAAUGUGCUCUUAGCUACUGGUUCACAGGAUAGCACAAUACGUUUAUGGAAAAUUUCUAUGGACAAAGAAGAAAUUGAUCCUGAUGAACUUAAACAGAAAAAACAACAAUUUCUUGUUGAAAAAAUAAAAUAUAAUGUCACAUUGGAAUCUAUUUUAAGUAGCCAUGAGGGAUGGAUUUAUGGAAUACAUUGGCAUCCAGCAAAAAUUUGUAAUGGAAAAUAUGAUCAACCUAUGAAAUUAUUAUCAUCUUCGCUCGAUAAAACUAUGAUAAUUUGGGAACCUGAUCCUGUAAGUGGUAUUUGGUUAGAGUCAAUAAGAGUUGGAGAUGUUGGUGGAAAUUCCGUAGGAUUUUAUGGUUGUAAAUUUGGACCAAAUGGAGAGAGUAUACUAGCUCAUGGAUACCAGGGAUCUUUCCAUAUUUGGAAAUAUUUACAAGAAACAAAUAACUGGGCUCCGGAAACAGCACCUAGUGGCCAUUUUGCAGAAGUUGUAGAUUUAUGUUGGGAUUCAAAGGGAAGAUUUCUAAUGACAACUAGCUCAGAUCAAACCACAAGAAUUCAUGCACCCUGGAGGUAUGAGUUAGAUGAGUGUUGGCAUGAAAUAGGACGUCCUCAAGUUCACGGCUAUGACAUGUCUUGUCUAGCAAUGUUAUCCCCUUACAUGUUUGCAUCAGGUGCUGAAGAAAAAGUAAUAAGAACAUUCACGGCGCCAGCAACGUUUAUAAACUAUUUAAAGAAACUAGCUAAUGCCAAUGAUUUCCAAGGAGUUUUAGCUGAGAGUGCUUCGGUGCCUGCACUUGGCUUAACAAAUAAAGCGGUUUUUGAAGGAGAAAAAGCAACUGGAGAAAACUUAUAUGUUGGUUAUUCAAAAGAUCUAAACUAUGAACAACCUCCAACUGAAGAGGAAUUAAUUCAACACACACUAUGGCCAGAGUUACAAAAGUUAUAUGGACAUGGGUAUGAAAUAUUUUCCCUGGCUGCAAGACACGAUGGUUCUAUGCUUGCUACAGCUUGUAAAUCUACGUCGCCUGAACACUCUGCUAUUAUUCUAUGGAGUACAAAGACUUGGUCACAAGUUCAAAAAUUAGUGUCUCACCAGCUGACAGUAACGCAAUUGGCAUUCUCUCCAAAUGAUCGAUUCUUAGUAUCAGUAUCAAGGGAUAGAAGAUGGUCCCUGUUUCAACAGGAUGAAAAUUCGUAUAAUUUAAUAGCUGCUAGUUUAAAGAAGGAUAGUCUGCACAGUCGUAUAAUUUGGUCCUGUGCGUGGUCGCAUGAUUCAAAGUACUAUGCGACAGGAUCCCGUGAUGGAAAAAUCGGUAUAUGGAGUACUUCUAUUCAGAAUGAUAAUGUAGUCAUGCCGAUUACCAGUUUGGAUAGUAAAGACAAUUCAGUAACAGCGAUUGCAUUCGCACCAUUGUUUGUUAACAUGGAUGCAUAUGUUAUAGCAAUUGGUUUUGAUAGUGGUAAUAUAGAAAUUCAGAAAGUUGUAAUAGAGAGUGGAAACCCUGUUUGGAAAAAAUAUGUCACAUACAAUACAUCUGAAGCUCAUCAUUUAACAGUUAAAAGGCUCAUGUUCCAGCCAGAAGGAGAAAACUCACAGAAAGGAAUUCUACAGUUAGCAAGUUGUAGCUGUGAUCAUACAGUUAAAAUUUACCAGUUUAAUAUUACGGAGCUGUCUCUUUUGUAAAUUUUACAUGCAAGAAUAAACGUUUAUUUAUAUACUCGG